UCAAAUGAACCGAUCUUGUAGAAACACUGGAAUCAUUUAUGCAUUGCAGUUUCUCUUUCUUGUUUUCGCUCCUUCUUCCCUGGGAUAUUUUGAGUGGAUUGUGGCUAUUAAUCAAGAUCUCGUGCUAGCCGUGGUUUGCUUGUCGUUUUCGCUCAGGAUUAACAUCAUUCAAGGAAAACGCAAAGCUGCUUUUUUUCCUCCACUCUUUUUUGAAAAAUCAUUUUUGGGGGCUGCUGAAGAGAGCUAGGACCCAGGAGACACCUUCUCAAACAGCAGGGGUUGUGUGCUUUCACAUAGCAGUACUGUACAAGGAAAACCCCGUCGGAUCUGUUAUUGCGGGAUACUUGUGAAAUAUACAUAGGAUUCUUUCUUAUGGCUGCAUCCCGGAUCUGGAAAUUUUACUUGGGGACCAAGAGAAUCUGAAAGGCUACAUGUAUACAGAAGAUUUGCAAGCAAGACUCCGAUUCUUGUCAUAGAGCUCACAGACUUCCUCACUUACCGGCCUUUUUCCUUCCUUCUUUUUAAAAAAUUUCUUCCCUCUUUUUCUGCCCUCUCCUCUCUUAGUCUCUCCUUUUCUAUCUGCCUCUUCCUUUUUUCUCCUAGUUUUCUUUUUUUCUUUUUUCCCUGCUCUGCACCUGGAUUGUAUCUUCACCAAACAAUCGGGCACUUUGAGAACUAACUGGAGGCAGUCUUGCAGGGAAGAGCUGUAUGGAAUUAUCUGCUUUUAUGGUGAACUUGGCAUUUGUGAAUGGGUAUCUUGUUCACGAUAUUAAUUGCUAGCAAAAAUAAGAAAAAGAACACAGGAGUAAAACGUGGAUUUUUCUGAAUACGCAUUGUGAUGACCAGCAAUUACCUUACUGACUGAUAUCCAGAGAAGAAUAAUUUGGAAGACUCUUGUGGGGAACAGCCUUUAAGAACUGGAAGAUGAAAGCUCCGAUUCCGCACUUGGUUCUCUUAUAUGCUACUUUUACUCAGAGUUUGAAGGUUGUGACCAAAAGAGGUUCUGCUGAUGGAUGCACAGAUUGGUCUGUCGAUAUAAAGAAAUAUCAAGUUUUGGUGGGAGAGCCUGUUCGAAUCAAAUGUGCACUCUUCUAUGGUUAUAUCCGAGCCAAUUACUCCCUAGCCCAAAGUGCUGGACUCAGUUUGAUGUGGUACAAAAGCUCUGGCCCCGGAGACUUUGAAGAGCCAAUAGCCUUUGAUGGAAGCAGAAUGAGCAAGGAAGAGGACUCCAUUUGGUUCCGGCCAACGUUACUGCAGGACAGUGGUCUUUACGCCUGUGUCAUCAGAAACUCCACUUACUGUAUGAAAGUAUCCAUCUCACUGACAGUGGGUGAAAAUGACACUGGACUCUGCUACAAUUCCAAGAUGAAGUACUUUGAUAAAGCUGAACUUAGCAAAAGCAAGGAAAUUUCAUGCCGUGACAUAGAAGAUUUUUUACUACCAACGAGGGAACCUGAAAUCCUAUGGUAUAAGGAAUGUAGAACAAAAACAUGGAGGCCAAGUAUUGUAUUCAAAAGAGAUACCCUGCUUAUAAGAGAAGUCAGAGAAGAUGACAUUGGAAAUUACACGUGUGAACUAAAAUAUGGAGGCUUCGUAGUGAGAAGAACCACUGAAUUAACCGUUACAGCCCCUCUGACUGAUAAACCACCCAAGCUUUUGUAUCCUGUGGAAAGUAAACUCACGAUUCAAGAGAUCCAGCUGGGUGAUUCAGCUAAUCUAACCUGCAGAGCUUUCUUCGGGUACAGUGGAGAUGUCAGCCCUUUAAUUUACUGGAUGAAAGGAGAAAAGUUUAUUGAAGAUCUGGAUGAAAAUCGAGUUUGGGAAAGUGACAUUAGAAUCCUCAAGGAGCAUCUUGGGGAACAGGAAGUCUCCAUCUCAUUAAUUGUGGACUCUGUAGAAGAAGCUGACUUGGGAAAUUACUCCUGUUAUGUUGAAAAUGGAAAUGGACGGAGGCAUGCCAGUGUUCUCCUUCACAAACGAGAGCUGAUGUAUACAGUUGAACUUGCUGGAGGGCUUGGUGCUAUCCUGCUGCUGCUUGUUUGUUUGGUGACCAUCUACAAGUGUUACAAGAUAGAAAUCAUGCUCUUCUACAGGAAUCAUUUUGGGGCUGAGGAGCUGGAUGGAGAUAAUAAAGAUUAUGAUGCAUAUUUAUCAUACACCAAAGUGGAUCCUGACCAGUGGAAUCAAGAGACUGGGGAAGAAGAACGCUUUGCUCUUGAAAUCCUACCUGAUAUGCUUGAAAAGCAUUAUGGAUAUAAGUUGUUUAUACCAGAUAGAGAUUUAAUCCCAACUGGAACAUACAUUGAAGAUGUGGCAAGGUGUGUAGAUCAAAGCAAGCGGCUAAUUAUUGUCAUGACCCCAAAUUACGUAGUCAGAAGGGGCUGGAGCAUCUUUGAGCUGGAGACCAGACUUCGAAACAUGCUUGUGACUGGAGAAAUUAAAGUAAUACUAAUUGAGUGCAGUGAACUACGAGGAAUUAUGAACUACCAGGAGGUGGAGGCCCUCAAGCACACCAUCAAGCUCCUGACCGUUAUUAAAUGGCAUGGACCAAAAUGCAACAAGUUGAACUCUAAGUUCUGGAAACGUUUACAAUAUGAAAUGCCUUUUAAGAGGAUAGAACCCAUUACACACGAGCAGGCUUUAGAUGUUAGUGAGCAGGGGCCUUUUGGGGAGCUGCAGACUGUCUCAGCCAUUUCCAUGGCUGCGGCCACCUCCACAGCUCUAGCCACUGCCCAUCCAGAUCUCCGUUCCACCUUUCACAACACGUACCAUUCACAGAUGCGUCAGAAACACUACUACCGAAGCUAUGAGUACGACGUACCUCCUACCGGCACCCUGCCUCUUACCUCCAUAGGAAAUCAGCAUACCUACUGUAACAUCCCUAUGACACUCAUCAACGGGCAGCGGCCACAGACAAAAUCGAGCAGGGAGCAGAAUCCAGAUGAGGCCCACACAAACAGUGCCAUCCUGCCGCUGUUGCCAAGGGAGACCAGUAUAUCCAGUGUGAUUUGGUGACAGAAAAGCAAGGGACAUCCAGUCCCUGGGAGUUUGCGUGGAGUCUGCAGUCCAGUGCCUGGAACUAAAUCCUCGACUGCUGCUGUUAAAAACAUGCAUUACAAUCUCUAGAACAUGAGGAAAAACAGGGUCUUGUACAUAUGUUUUUUGCAAUUUCUUUGUAGCAUCAGUGUCUUCCUGUUUUACCACGUCUCUUACCAUUACAUUUUUUGACUUUGUUUUAUAUGUCAUUGGAAUUUGUAAAUUUACAUUUUUUUAAAGAAGAGACUUCUGUAUAGAUAGAAAACCCUUUUUUGCUUCAUUAGUUUAGUUUUAGAAUGGGUUUUCAUUUCCUUUCCUUGAUUUUGUUUUGCUUUUAACAUUUCCUUGGGGUGCUUGGACAAAUCUAUCCGAUGGGACAAGGAGCACCGGAUCCUCUCUUGGGUUCUGCCUAGGAUCAGCAGGGCCAUGUGGGCCUUCAGAGAGCAGUGCAACGAAUGCCAGCAUUGCCAUUUGGGGAAGAAAAAAAAAACCAUGAGAAGAACACUUGUUCAUAGGAGGGCCCCGCCAAUCAGAGCCCUGAAUCUCUUCCUUGUCCCACCUCAUUCCCCACCUCUACCCUUCUAAUGGCGGCAUGAUAUGUAAACUCUGAGAAGGGGUGGGGGUGGGUCUAACUGUCUUAACAUUUAAUUCACUGCUCGUCAGAAUACACUCCAGACCCAAAAGUGUGCUAGUCACUUGCCAGUGACCACUACAGAGUGCUAAGAAGAGAAGAUCAAGGGCAUGAAAAUGGGGGAGAGUGUGCUGUUUCCGUUUUAUAAAUGAGUUGAUGUACCCUUAUAUAAAUAUAUAUAUAUAUAUAUAUAUAAAACACACAGCAAAACAAAAGAAACAAACAAAAAAAACAAAAAAACAAAAAAACAAAACAAAAAAAUCAAGCCCUAUAUUUGAUCACUUCCUGGAAAGGCAUGAAUGUGUUUGUGGCUGUUUUUGUUUAAUAUUCUACUUCCUCUUUUCCUUCUAUAAUUUUUCUGCAAAUGAGAUUAUGUGCAAAUGCCAGGCAAGUUAACUCAGAAGGGUGAAUCAACACAAGUCAAAGUGAAAUUUACGUUGAAGGCUUCCAAACCAAAGGGAAGGACAGGAUGUGUCAUCAAAUAUAUUUUGUCACCUUGUAUUAUACAAAAUGUUAUAUUCUAAAGAGUCAGAACAAAUCUGUGAAACUUAUUAUGGGGUCCCCUUGUAUUUAAAUGUUAAUUCGCUGUAUUUAAUUUUCAGUGCUAUAUUCAGAAUCAAGUGUGUGGUUUCAGUUUGUGAACAUAAGCAACACUUAUUAAUAUCAAAGUGUUUAUAUAAGAACUCAGGAGGUCAAACAUAUGAAUACCAACAGAAAUCAGUAUUUUCAAAAUAAACAUUAUUUACACAAAAUAGUUUUUAAAU